UUGUCGGUGAUCACGUUUAACUGGGGUUCCGUGAGCGUUGGGCACCUUUGCAUCACCGUGCAAAGUGCAACCCCUCUGCCAUCCCAUGAGGUUUGUGUCACCAUUCCAGGGGACCUGCAGGUGCUCCUGGCCCAGCAGGAACCCCUCCAGCCUGGCCCCUCCUGUUCCCACCCUGCUGGGCUGGGAGCUCAGUCAGAGAUCCUCUGACUGACUGAUAAAUAUCUUUACUCAUCCUGCACAAGUCUUGUGACCUUGAAGGAAGCAGAUAAUGCACGUAACCACCGCGGCAGCAUCACCCUGACAACCUGAGCUGGCACCUGGCAAGGGAAAAAUAUCCCAAGGCGUGAGCAAUCUCUUCAGACCUGGCAGCAACAGCCCCAUGGCUGUGGGGUGCAUGUUUCCUCCCCCAGCCUUGCAUGCUGGGGGUAGUGCCAGUGCUUCCAGUCCCCCUCCCCCAGGAAUGUGGUUGCUGGACACAGGCUUGCUCCUACCUGUUCCCUGCCUGCUCCAAAAAUCUCCUCUACAACUUAUUAACUACUCGAGAGUGUGGUGGGAUGCUGGCAGCUGGUGCCGUGCAGCUGGGAUGGGGGGGGCCCUGCAACUGCCUGGCUGUACCCCAGAGUACCCUGACAUCCGACAGCCAGAGAGGUUUGAGUUGGGUGCCCCCAGAGUAUCCCAACACCCCAUAGCCAGAGGGGUUGGAUUUGAGAGCCACAGAGUACUCUGAUACCCAGUAGCUGGUGGGUCACCUUCUAUUACCCUGCAGUACUCUGAACCCCCAUAGCCAGCAGGAUCACCUCACAGCACCCUGAUACCCCGUAUAUAUCUGGGGCAGCUGUUGUCACCCCAUGUCACCCCAGCACCCCAUAUCUACCCCACUUGACCUCCAGCCCCCUGCAGCACCCCUUUUCUCACCUCCACCAUGCUGUGACACCCCAGUACCCCCAUAUCCAGCCUCUGCCAACCGAUGGCACCCCCAAAAUACCCUGUACUUGGCUGGGUGAGCUUCUGCUACCCCACUGUACUGUGAUCACUCCCCGAGGGCACCAAAAUCCCCACAGCCAGCUGGAGGUACCCAGGGCUGACCCAGCCCAUGCAAGCAGCCCCCAGGGUUCUGUGCCCUUGCUGCUAGGGGCGCUGCGGGUCCCGGCCCUCGGGGGCACCUCGGCCUGAGUGUCCACGGUCCAGCGCUGUCACAGGGCCAGCCCCACCGGGCUGCCAGCGGCGGGCAGAGGGCGGGGGCCGGGCUGCCGAGGGCCCCACGUGUGCAGGCAGGGGAGUGCCCGCGGCCCCGGGGGGCGGGAGCGACGGGUGCGCAGGUGAACACACACACAGACACACAGGUACACACACACAUGCACACACAGAGACAGGUACAGGCGCACACACACACACACAGACACAUACAGGUACAGACACACACACACAGAGGUACAGGCGCACAGACACAGACAGACAGAUACACACACACAUGCACACACACACACAGAGACAGGUACAGGCGCACACACACAGAGGUACAGACACAGGUACAGGCACACACACACACAUGCACACACACACACAGACGGGUACAGGUGCACACACACACACAGACACACACAUGCGCACACACACACACACAAAUGGGUACAGGUGCACACACAGACACACAGACACACACACCCACACCCUCUGCUGGCCGCAGCGCCCCGGCAUGCAGCUGCGCACAGAAACGCAUGGACACAUGGACACAUAGACACAUGGACACACAGCAACAGACUUGGACACACAGACUCAUGGAGAUGGACAAACUUAUUGACUGACAGAUACACACACUCACCAACAGAUUCCCAGACACACACAGACUCACAGACACAUAGAUUCAGACAGACACACACAUGCAGACUCAGACUCACACAGAGGCAGAGGUGGAUGGUGCUGGUACAGGUGCACACAUACAAACCCUCCCACAGUGCACAUGAGGCUGUGGGGCUGUGGGCAGGGGCUCCCCUGGCAGGGCUCUGGGCCAGGAGGGGACCCCAGGCAGGGCUGUAGGGUGUGGGGAUGCCCCAGGCAGGACUUUAGGGCAGGGUUAUACCCCAGACAGGGCUCUGGGGAGGAGGGUUGGCACCCCAGACAGGGCUGUGGGGCACAGGAAUAAGGGAAGGGCUAUACCCCCAGGUCUGUGGAACAAUGGGAAUACUCAAUAGCAGGGCAUGGGGCAGGGGAGAUAACCCAUGUAGGAAUGGGAGGUAGCAGAGAGGGAUACCUUUGGAUAGGGAUAUGGGACGGGGAGGGUAUUCUAGGUAGGGCUGUAGGACAGAGUGGCAUUCUUGAGGCUGGUAUAUGGGAUAGGAGCUACUGGGGCAGAGCUGGGGUGGGACAGGGCAGUGAAACACCGCAGCCCCCGACCCUGCAAUCAGAGCCCCACACGCGGCGUCCCCACUUUGUCAUCCCAAAUUGCCCAAAGUACAGGCUGUGUCCAGUGUCAUGCCGGCCUGGGGCAGCUGCCGCCGCCUGACUCACGACAGAGGAAGGGGCAAAUCACCGGGGUUUCGGGGUGCUGGUCACCCCCGGCAGGACACAUUCUUGUGGUGAGCAAACCAGCUCACUGGUGUUUAGUGAGGAGCUGAGCAGGACCAGCAUCCCUGGGGGAUUCCUGAGAGCACCCCCAUCCCAGCUGCUGCAUCUCCCUCCCCGCUGCAGUCCCUCUGCACUUCCACACAGCUGGGGAGGGAUGAGGAGUAUCCAAGUCCCUCGGGAUGGGGACAAAGCGUGAUGGCUGCAAGAACUCUGUGGUGACACGGGGACAGGUUUGCUCCACUGUGAUGCAGAGACCCCAAACAAAUGUCAGGCCCAAAGGUCACGGGAGCAUCACUGGUUUGGCGGCUCCAAAGGAAGGACACCUGCGCUGACAGGGGGGACACCCCUGCAGCAUCCCCCAUCCAUGCAGCCGGCAGCCCCCCGGGGGUGUGCAGGAGGUGACGGCAGAAACCGCCCCGGGCGCGGCGGGGCCGCGUCCCGCUCACGUGUGCGGCGGGGCUGGGGUGUUCCCCGCCGCUGCGGUCGGGAGUGCCGGCGCUUUUCCCCCGGGGGAGCGGGGCCGGGGCGGUAAAUGCCGCCUCGGCUGCUUAUAUUUCAGGCGCGGGGCUGCUGGCUCUGCCCCGGCCAGGGCACACAGGCAGCCCAUUGUUGCAGCCCCUUCGGCGCGGCGGGAGCAGGAGCUGUUGAUGGCAAUGAUGACAAUGCAGAUGGGAGGACUGAUCAUGGCCACGCUGGGCUGGCUGGGCUCCAUCCUCACCUGUGCCCUGCCCAUGUGGAAGGUGACGGCCUUCAUUGGCUCCAACAUCGUGGUAGCCCAGGUGUUCUGGGAAGGGCUGUGGAUGAACUGCGUCUACGAGAGCACGGGGCAGAUGCAGUGCAAGGCCUACGACUCCCUGCUGGAGCUCACCUCUGACCUGCAAGCUGCUCGUGCCCUGGUGGUCACCUCCAUCUUCGUGGCCCUCUUUGCCUUCUUCAUCGCCCUCUCCGGAGCUGACUGCACCCGCUGUGUGGAUGACAACGGCACCAAGAGCAGGAUCUCUGCUGUGGCAGGUGUCAUCUUCAUCAUGGCCAGCAUCAUGCUGCUCAUCCCUGUCUCCUGGUCUGCCAACAGCAUUGUCAGCAACUUCUACAACCCCAUGGUGCCUGAGGCCCUCAAGAGAGAGCUGGGGGCUGCCCUCUACAUCGGCUGGGCCUCCAGUGCCCUGCAGCUCUUUGGUGGGGGUGUCCUGUGCUGCUCAGGAUCCCAGUCCCAGCAGGACCCCUACCCCAAGAAGUACAGGGCAGUGAAAACCUGUGGCCCAAUGGGCUAUGCCAUGAAGGACUACGUGUGAACCACUGUGCCCAGGUGCCAGCCCAAGGCAGAGCACCACUGUCCCUGUCCUGCAUCCCUGUGCCACACCCUGCCCCUGCACUGCCUCCUCCUGCCCAUCCCCAUGCUGGCCGACCCCCAGCACGGUCCCCACAUGUGCCCUUCCCCAGGGCAGGGACUAUAAAC